UACCACUGUACUGUUCAGGGGGCCUGCACUUCUUCUGGGACAACAAGUUUGACCAUGCCAUGGUGGCCUUCCUGGACUGUGUGCAGCAGUUCAAGGAGGAGGUGGAGAAUGGAGACACGGGAUUAUGCCUGCCUUACAGGAUGGAUGUCGAGAAGGGCAAGAUUGAGGACACGGUAGGCAGCGGCGGCUCCUACUCCAUCAAGACCCAGUUCAACUCAGUGGAGCAGUGGACCAAGGCGCUCAAGUUCAUGUUGACCAACCUCAAGUGGGGUCUGGCGUGGGUGUCGUCUCAGUUUUACAACCGAUAGAGGAGGAAGAUAAGGACUCACCCUGGGUGUUCCCCUUGACCCUUCUAAAACCACCAUUUCGUCACAAUGUAUUACUCUCUAAAGUCUCUCUUCUACAAUGCUCUCCUUGCUUCCCUAUGAUGUUUUGAGGGGGUGGGGAGAAGACUGGAGGAAGGACUUUUGAGAUGAACCACUGGUGUGAGUUCCAAUCCAAUAAGCCUUGUUUCCUUGUUUGAUUUCCAUAUUGACCAUUUGAAAGGACAAGAUAAAAACUGUUAAAUUGUACACAUUCAAAUCCAUCUAGAGUCGUAGGUGUUAUGAAGGGAGCUAUCUGAGACUUUUGGAGCACAUUCCAGGAUGGAGUCCUAAUAGUAGCUAAGUGGCAUCUGGUUGUGUCUUUUCCUUCAUAUGCACAUAUCUUAUGACACUGUAUAAGUGAAAGCUGUUGUUUCCAACUGACCUGUUCAAUUCUUAUAGAUCAGUACACAUGAAGGGAAGGAGAGAAGGAGGCUUCUCAUGUAUCACAUGCUUCUUACUGUGCUCCAGAAGCAAUACUGGAGAGUCACGUAUCUGGUUUUGUGCCUAUUUUUCUUCAAUUGGUUUGUGUCUUUCUGGUUCAGCUCCACUAGCCCCAGAAAAAUGUACAUUUAUUAUGUUUUAAUAGUUUUUCUCUUACUGUACUGACAAGGUAAAGAUGGUUUAAUUUCACCAUGCAUUGGAACAGCAUUGGAACGUUUGCACCAAGUGUCUACCGAAAGCUUUGGCGUCGGGAUUAUGCUGGCUUUUGUCCAUUGGCAAAUUCAACAAGGCAAUCCUUUUACUACAAGUGACUUCUUGGUGUAGAUUUAAAUGUAGACAAGGAGGCUUGUGGCAGUAUUUAAUGCCCAUAUCACUAUAUGAUUUGGUUUUUCAGGUUCAUUACACAUAUGAAAAUGCCAAUAAUGGACCCACACAGAA